AUGCAAAAUAUCUUCCAACCCCAUCCGUUCUCUACAACAGUUGGGACUCUGACAGAAAGGGCAACUGAUAGUGGUCAACCAUCAGAAGAUUGGGCCCUUAUUUUAGAAAUCUGUGAUACAGUAAAUGAAACAGAUGAUGGACCAAGGGAAGCUAUCAGAGCAAUAAAGAAGCGUCUGGUCACUUCUGCGGGUAAAGACAACGUCUCAAUAUGGUACACAUUAACACUUCUUGAAACAUUGGUAAAAAACUGUGGGAAAAGAUUUCACAGUCAAGUUGCUAAUAAAGAAUUUUUGCAUGCCUUUCUAAAACUUCUUUCUCCUAAAAAUGAUCCCCCACAACAACUUCAGACGAAGGUGUUGUAUAUGCUUAAGUGUUGGAUAUCAAGUAACUGGGAUGUUGCUGGAAAAAGGGAUCUAGAAAAAAUAUAUGCUUCGCUCUUGCAAAAAGGGGUGCAAUUUCCAACAGUUUCACCUGCUGAUUGUCAUGUGGCUAAACCGUCAAGAGGCACAAGUCUGCGCGAUAAUUUGGUCAUAUCUAAAACUGGUGUAAUUAUUCCACGGACUGGUUCACAAGGAAAUGAUAAAUUGACUGGAAGAUCUAUACUAGUUAAAAAUCCUGGAUUGGAAUCAGAUAUACGUUUACGUAAUCAUUCAGCUGUUCACUCAUCCCAAUCAUCCAAUAUACCACAUUCAUACUCUUCAACUUCUCAUUGUACACACGAAUCAAAUAUGAUUCAAUCAUUAGCCUGUUGUCAUAAUAUUCAUUCAAAUGAUGAUUCUACAAUGAUGAUUUCAUGUAAUCGACCAAUACGUAAUGUACAUUUUGAUCAAACUAGUAGUAUAUCAAAUGAUUGUACUGUAAUGGUUGUUAAUUCUGAUAAUCAACCAUCGUCUGUUAUUUGUCAACCACAUCAUUGUUUACCAUCCUGCUCCUGCUCCUCCUCAUCAACGAAUCAUCCAUUUCAAUCAACCAAUCAACAUCAUCAUCAUCAAAUCAAAGAUGAUCAAAUGGAAUUUGAUGAAAACGGGAUUGUACGUCAUUUGAAUAGUGUACAACGUAUUAAAUUAACUGAAGAUUUAACAAUUAUUGAAACCAACAUUAAUGUACUGAAUGAUUUAUUAGCUGAAUUAAAACCAGAUACAAUUACAGAGGAUGAUUUGAAUUUACUUAAAGAAUUAAAUUGUACAUGUCGUAUAAUGCAUCAACGUAUUAUGGAAUUUUUAAGUCAAGUAGCUGAUGAAGAAGUGACCACAUGUUUAAUUCAAAUGAAUGAUAAUUUAACAAAUGCUCUAUCACGUUAUGAUCGUUUUGAACGAUAUUAUCAACGUGCACUGGAAAAUUCCAACCACGACAAUGAACAAAUUCAUUCGAGGCCGACACAAUUAUGCUUAACUGCUUCAUCACAUAAUCCACCUAAUUUAAGACAUCAUCGAACAACAACUAAUCCUUCUUCUCAUUGUCAUCAUCAUCAUCAUCAUCAUCAACAAGAACGUCCACAACCACAACAGCAACAACAGUUAGCAAUUACAGCAGGUCCACUCUCUUCACAUCAUACAACACGGAAUGAAUCGUCUGCAUUGAAUGAUGUUACACUGAGUCGAUUGGAUGGUUCACACAAUCAUCAUCGUUUAGAAUUGAUGAAUGGUAAUCAGAAUACAAAUCCUUAUUUGGCCACUGCCAUCACCGACAGUCAUCAUCAUCAUGCGAAUGCUGAUGAGGAUGACGAUGACGAUGAUGAUGAAAGUUUAUUGGAUAUAAGUGAAGGUCCAAGUGAUGGUGGUGUUAGGUCUCUCACCACCAGAUCACAUGAUUCUGAUGAUACAGAUGAAAUUGCUCAAUGGUUAGCUAGUCGACAACUUAUCCCUGUAAGUUCACCUCCUGCUCCUCCUCUUGCUCUUGCUCCUGCUGCUCCAACUCCAUCUCAACAUCAACAACAACAACAACAACAUCGACACAGUCAUCGUCAUUUUCAACAACAACACCAACAACCACAGUCGGCCACUAUAAACAAUCGAUCACAUUCAUGUGUACAAACAAAUCAGUUAACUGCUAUUACAAACAGUCCUAAUACAACAACUACUACUACAGGAGCUACAACAGGUGUUUCAUUAUCGACAACACAGAGUUUAUCCAGUAAAUCAAUUCAUUCUCAUCAAUCGCUGCAUCAUGAAUUGUUGUAA